GUGUGAGCAUCACAGCUCUGGAGCAGGAGAAAAGGAGGGGAAUUCAUGUGGAGGAGGGGUUUCAUCAAGAGUGAGAGAGCUUAAAAGAGAUGGUGAGAAAAAGCAAGAGAGCGAGAGACCGCGUAUGUGAGGGAGGAAGAUGCUGUUGCCAGGGAACAGCAGUGAAGUAGAAACGUCCAUCUUUCGCAGCUCGCAGGAGGACAGACACACGUCAAACCAUGGAUGCAAAACGGACUGAACGUGAGGAGAAGGAAAACAGCUGAUCCAGACUCCCUGUGGCUUCAGAGAAUCAAGAGAAGGGGGACACGAUUUCUUUCUCAGCCUCUGUUUGACGCUUCAGUGAACAGCAAGAAUCCUCCAGCAGCCCACAUGCAGAUGUAAAUAGUGAUGAUCAACACUCUGCUCAGGCAGAUCUAAGGAGGAGGUGGAAUAAAAUAAAGAGGAGCAACUGAGAGCAAAACAGGGAAGCUUUCAAAACGGCACAGAGGAAGUCUUCCUGAUCACAGCAGCUCACAGAAGCAAGAUAUUUUGGUGAGCUGAAGCCCGUCCUCCCUGGCAGAGGAUGGGUACAGCAGAAGCUACUUUGCGCAUGGACAGCAUGGAGGUAAAGGACGAGUGGCAGGAUGAAGACUUCCCAAGGCCACUACCAGAGGAUGGAGACGUUGAUUCUUCAUGUGGCCUCACUGACAUCAGAAACAAUCCGCCAACCACUCUCAAUGUGGGCGAGACCAUGGCCCAGCGUAAGCGCCGCACUCUGGUGGCCCCCAACAUGAGCCUCUCUCUGGAUCAGAGCGAGGGGUCCGUGCUCUCUGAUGAGUUUCUGGAAACGCCCGAUGACCUGGACAUCAACGUAGACGACAUCGAGACUCCUGAUGAGACAGAUUCGCUGGAGUUUAUCAACAAUGGCAACGAGCUGGAGUGGGAAGACGACACUCCUGUGGCCACUGCCAAGCGUCUUCCAGGUGAAAGUGAAGAGGAGAGAGACUCAUCUGGUCGUCUGUGGCGAACAGUGAUCAUUGGUGACCAGGAGCAGCGGAUUGAUAUGCAGGUCAUCAGACCGUACCUGAGGGUGGUCACACAUGGAGGUUAUUAUGGAGAGGGUCUGAAUGCCAUCAUAGUGUUUGCAGCCUGCUAUCUGCCUGACAGCGGCUGUGAGGACUACACAUACAUCAUGGAGAAUCUCUUCCUGUACGUUGUGAGCAGCCUGGAGCUGCUGGUGGCAGAAGAUUACAUGAUUAUUUACCUGAACGGAGCAACUCCUCGCAGGAAGAUGCCCGGCAUCAGCUGGCUGAAGAAGUGCUAUCAGAUGAUUGACAGGAAACUGAGAAAGAAUCUAAAGUGUCUCAUCAUCGCUCACCCAACGUGGUUCAUCCGGACCGUCUUGGCCAUCUCAAGACCUUUCAUCAGUGUGAAGUUCAUGGAUAAGAUCCGUUACGUUCACACCUUGGAGGAACUCAGCCAGAUCAUCCCCAUGGAGCAUGUGCAGAUCCCAGAGUGUGUGUUGCAAUAUGAUGAGGAGAAGAUAAGAACACAAAGAGAAAGACUUGAGCAAGAGCAGCAGCAGACAAACUCAACACUGCCUAAAGAAAGGCCAAAAUCAAUGGUAGCAGAUGUUGGUCGUGACAUCUGACAUUAAGAGCUUUAAACUGAAGAACCAAUGGGGGACAUUCAUUCAUUAAAAUGGGAGCCAGCCUAAGCCGCCAUCACAUGCUUGUUGCACAGGGUUACAUCUCCUGACUGGAUCCAUUAGCUGCAAGACAAUCAUUUCUCAAAAACAUUAUUUUCAUUGAUAUACUUGCUUCUACAAGUUAAUUAACACCAAAGCAUUAUAAGAUUUAAGUAAAUCACAAAGUAUCUGCUCCCUGCAUGUCAACUUGAGCUUUAUCUACAGCAUGACUUCAACUAUAUAAAUGAAAAAUUAAGGACUUGGAUUAACAUUCAAGCAUCUUCUGACAAAGCCGGGGAAUAUUGUCUGUUUCAAAAUGUACAUACUUGUAUAGAUAUUUUUGAGGAAAGUUGUUUGCACAGAUGUUUGGUUUUUGAUAUGAGUGGCAUGGGUAUUGUUCGGUUUAAUGGCCAUUUACUGAAAAAUAAUGUGCAAUGAUAUUGUUCUUCUUAGACCUACAGUAGAUGUUACUGAUGCAAACGUGCGUUACAGUUUUUAAGUUUUCCAGAGUUUGAUAUGCAGGUGGCAUGCUUGUUUAAAUCCUUCUGUCUCAUUUGUUUUUGUCAGUUUUUAGGUCAUUCGCCAUCAUAUUUUAAAAGGUACUUUUGCAAGAUGGGAAACAUAGAUUGUUACAUAUGAAAUUACAUAUAUUUAAAGAGAGAGUCAAAUUAAUUGCUAAAAAUGUUAUUUAUGAAGAUGUGCCAUUUACUGUUUGUAAAAAAAAGAAAUGAA